UGUGCGCUCUGUGCGAGGAGGGCGGCCCCGCGGGCUCCGCGGCGAAGGACAGCGGGCGCGGGGCUCGUCCGCGGCGUCUGCGGGCCACGCGCGGCGGGGAGGUGGAACGCGGAGCCGGGGGCGCGCUGCACCCCGACCCCCACCGUGCCGGGCCUGCCUGGUUUUGAUUUUUUUUUUUUAAAUCACUUGAUUUAAAGUGACCCGUCCUGCGGGGGCUCGGCACCCAGGACCCUUCCCGGUGCGAGGCCCGCAGCUCCGCGCCCCCGGGGGGCCGGGCCUUGGGGGUGGGAGGCGGUGGGCGCCUAGGCGCGGGGUCCGAGGAAGCCGGACCGCUGCUGCCCCUGCAGGGGCUUCUGCGGAGAGGAGCCGGGCCGCGUUGCCACGGAGCCCGGGGACGCGUCGGCGGCGCCCUGCGACAAGGUUUCACUGAAGAAGAAACAGCUGAGACAUCUUGACACCUUUCUGAGAUUACUGUUACUGUCUGGAGUUGACUGCCUUCAUAGCGGACAGAUUCAGAAAUCACAAUGGAAGCUUUCUCGGAAGUUUUAGACCGCUUGUAUAAGAAAGUUCUUCUCGGAGCUCAGCUCGAAAACGAGAGCAGAGAUUAUGUCUCUUACCUCUCUCCACUGGUUUCCAGUGACGGCUGUCUGGCCUCUCCCUCGCCACGCAGCCCCGGUGGCCAGGACCCACCCCAGCCAGCAUCUCCCGACACACCCCUGAAUUCAAGGGGACCCUCUCCAAAGGCCGGUGCCCAGGAACGAAUGCUUCUACAGUUAACGGUGAUCCAGGUGAUGGUGACCAGGGUCUUGUCUGCCGAGACUGCGCCCAGCUGCAAGGAGAAAUACCAGGAGAUCCUGAACAUUCUUUUAAAAUCCUCCGAAGUGGAUUUGCAGUUAACCAGACUGUUCCCAAACAGGGAUAAACUCUUAUCUCACCUGGCUGCUAAGUGCCUGGGGCUGCUUCUCUACUUCCAGCUUCGAGAAAAGGUCCCGCUGCGUGAUUCCUGGGUUGCGUUUUGCCGCACCAGUCUUGGUGAGCCCUUGGCAAGUGGCCGGGUGGCCUGCUGCCUGUGGGUCCUGUCUGCUGUCGUCAAAGAGAUCUUGAAAGAUCCGGGUGCCCAGAAAACAGAGAGCCUGCAGCGGUUCCUGGCUCCUUUGGAUGCUGUGCUUGGAGACUUCUGUGAUCCCUUCUUCGCCCAGUGUCUUGCAAACCUCCGUGCCCCUUCUGAAGGCAUUGCCGCUUUGCUGGCUCUCUUGGACUUGCUGGAGCUUCUCGCAGCCUCCAGGCCCCACGUGCGGCCACCGCAGCCCUGCCAGAGGCUCCUCUUCCAGAAAGCGGCCCGCGUGCUGGAUGUGAUCGCGUGGCCCGUCCCGGCCUUCGUGGGAAGGAAGUGCAUCCUCGUCCUUAAAAAGUGCCUGCUUGGCAAAGUGGGUGAAGACCUGGGCAGCAGCCCGCUCCCUGCACCCCUGCCACCCGAUCCCCAUUUAGAGAUGGACAUGGCAGCUCUGGCAGACGUGGUUUUGCAAGCUGUGGACUCAGGUCUGUUGAGGACUUUAUCUGUCCCUGGGCAGGCGCCCCACUUUGGAGGAGAAGAGGUCCAGCCUGGGGCCGAUCGUGUCCCAGGCACAGACCAGGUGAUGCUUCGAUCAGUGAGCUUACUUCUCAUUAAAUCCUUAGAAGUCAGGUUCCAGCACCACGCUGCAGCCAUCCAGGGGAAAGAUGAUUUACAGAGAUUCAUGGCCCAGUUACUGAGCUUUUUGAAGCCUCGCCUGCAGCCCGCCCUGCAGUGCAACCAUCCGUGUACGUGGCUGUCCCAAGUCUUCAUUGAACAAGAUGACGACAUGCUGGAGGCUGCCAAAGCGUCCCUAGGCAUCUACCUGCAGCUCACCAGAGCGGGCGACACUCCUGGAAAGGACAGGCAGCGUGGAAAGGCAGCAUGGGCCUGUGACCUGCACAGCAGUGGCUGCGACCCUCACUGCAUCUUCCUCUCCGUCCUCGGCAGUGUCAGCUUUGAUCCCACGACGCUGCUUGACUUUUUGAUUUCCUCUGAAACCUGCUUCCUAGAAUAUUUCGUUUGGUACUUAAAGUUGCUGCAAACAGACUGGGCCCACUUCAUCGCCGUGUGCACCUACUGGGAUGGAAUAACGCCGGAAGUUGCCAUAAGUGAUGACAGACCUGACCCCUCUGUGACCCAAGAGAGGCACCACCCAGUGGAUCCUGGGCCUGGGGCUGCCGGAAGUGUUCAGGGAGACAUGGGGGGUGCGUGGCUGGCCCAGGCUCCCCGUUCUAUUCUGUCUCCCCGCCGGGGGGCUCCGAGUCUGGUUGCCUACGACAGCUCCGACGACUCUGAAGAGGAGUUGCCGGGACAGCGUCUCUCCCACGCAGAACCACGAGCCGGGCCCGAGACGCAGGGGAUGGGACAGACAGGUCAGGCUGGGGAAGGAGGUGGUCAGGCGCCCCACUCCAGACCUGUGGCUCCGAAAGACCCUGCUGGCUGCUUCUCUGCAGCUUGUGAAGCCGCCACCACCACGGGCAGCGCCUCAGCACGGGGUUUGUGCUGCCGAACUGUCCACUGCCUCGGCCACCUCCACCGGGCCGUCGCACGCUUACAGAGGAGGGGGCUCUUCCCGUAUAACCCAGCGGCACUUUUGAAGUUGCUGCGACAUAUCGAAGUCGCCUGUAGUCGGAGGGGCACCCUCUGAGAGUGCCGAGUAUGGGACGGGAAGAUCUCAAAGGCGCUGGCUUCCUUCCGAGUCUCCCGUCAGCCCUUCUGCAAGCCGCCAGUGUAUGUGAAGCCCAGGGCGUGCCCCAAGAGCUGGCUGGGUGUCUGCUCUGCCCCCACUGACAAACUCAAUGUUUUCUCGAGAAAUCCAAAGCCAAGAUACCUUUGGCAGGCACACUCAGCAGUGCCCAGGGCUGACUCCUGGCUCUGUGAUCAGGGAUCACAUCACUAAUAGUGGGGGUUGGGGGACCACAUGGGGUAUUAGGGAUCGAACCCAGGUUGGCUGCAUGUCAGGCCAACUCACUCCCCCCGUGCAGUCUGCACUAUUGCUUUGGUCCCCAUCAGUGUUUUUCUGGAGGAUUCGAUCUGUGGAUUGUCUGUCUCCUCCAGGACUGGUUCAGCCUUUUCCCACUCAUGGUCCCUUUCCACCCAAGAAAUUUCCACAGAACCGCAGAUAUGUAAGUAGAUAAAAGAGAUACACUACUCAGACAUGUACUUACAGGUCAGUUUUUUAGAAAGUUAUAUGACCCAUCCCCUCCCAGCCCCAAGGGGUCACGACGCACAGCAGAAGCACUAGGCCCUGUUCUGUACAGGAGCCUAUUAAAAAAAAAAAAAAAAAAAACCUAAUCACCAGUUAAUCUCAUUUAAAACGGUCACAUUCACAAUUAUCUUUUGAAGGAAGUAGAAAAUUGAAGUUUCCACACAUUUAUUGGAUUUGUAUAACAGCAACAGCUAUACCAUGCUGCUGAGUCUGUCAUUAAAACAAUUGGAAAUGUCCAAUUAUGUCUUCCAAUUCCAAUUAUUAAAUUGUUUUGGAAGACUGACCGUGGCUGCAGCUCAGUGGUCAGGCAGUUUCCUGGCAUGUAUUAGGCCCUGGUUUCAAUCUCUGGCACCUCACACAUGCACGCAUGCCCAUGUAUGCAUCUAAUGAGAGCCUGCAGCAGAGAAUUAAAGGGAGAACCGCCUAUAAGACACCAAAUAUUUAUUUUUAUAUAUUUAUAAAUGUGUAUGUCAGGCUUGGUAUUAAUUUUGAUGUACACUAUAUAUUUAAUAAAAUAUUUUCUACAUUUUAUAUAAAAAUAUGUA